UUCCAGUUCCAUGCGAAUUCGAGGCUGCUCCAUCCAUUACGAGCUCCGCGAUUUCCCUGAGGCACUCGUUCCCAACGAAGCGCGGUGGGGGGAGGCCUUCACCCGUCCAACAAAGCGCGAGUUCGUCGGCGCUUCAAAGCCACGGGAUUCUUUGCCGUCGAGUUCACUCCAUCCCACCCCCCCGCACCAAGAAAGGUCCACCUCCCCCACCGCGCACAAGAAAAACCUAGCAGCUAUAACCCCUAAUCCCCACCAGUAAUCCCACCAUGGCCUCGUCUCUGCCGCCGCGCAGCUCCUACCAGAAGAAGGAGAACGCGGUGCCGGCGCGCCGGGAGAUGGGUUACAACAAGGCGACGCCGCGCCGGAACGUGCUAUCGGCUCUCAACAACGCCGAGGCCAACGGGGGGACGCCGUCCGUGCCGGCGGAUGGCGGCGGCGGCGGCGGCGCGGCGGAGGCGGCGCCCGUGAUCGAGUUCAGUGGGAGGGAGGAUGUGGAGCGCUUGCUCGCCGAGAAAAUGAAGGGCAAAAGCAAGAACGAUUUCAAGGGGAGAGUCGAUCAGAUGAGCGACUACAUCAAGAAGCUCAGGGCGUGCAUCCGGUGGUACAUGGAGCUGGAGGAUGGCUAUUUGGCUGAGCAGGAGAAGCUCCUAGGUGCUAUGGAUUCUGAGAACACCCGUCAUACCGAGUUGGAGGCCCAGCUCAGCACUGCUAUUGAAGAGCUGAAAGCCACUAACUUGGACUUGACAAGGCGUUGUGAGUCUCUAGAGGAGAGCUUCAACAAGGAGAAGUCUGAAAAACUGAUCGCUGUGGAGUCCUACGAGAAAGAAAAGCAGGAAAGGGAAUCCGCUGAGAGUUCACGAGAUGUACUAACUGUGGACCUAGAAAGGGUCACUCAUGAUGCUAAGCGGUUUAGCGAGCAGCUAAAAAUGGUCCAAGACACUAAUAAAAGGCUUCAAGAAUACAACACCAGCCUGCAACAAUACAACAGUAACCUUCAGGCUGAUGCCUCGAAGAGUGGUGAGACCAUCUCAAAACUUCAGAAAGAGAAGAGUGCCAUGAUGGAAACUAUGGCUACUCUGAGAGAGUGUAACAGCUCAAUGGGCAAUCAGCUUGAAUCUUCUAGAGUUUCUCAACAAGAAGCUAUUAGAGUGAAGGAAGAGCUCAGGAAAGAAGUGGAGUGCCUUAGAGUUGAGUUGAAGCAAGUUAGAGAUGAUCGUGAUCAUUCAGCUAUUCAACUGAACAGUUUGAACAUUGAACUUGGUAAUUACAAGGAACAGAUUGGUAAAACUUCAAAAGAAUGUGAAAGAUUCCGCACCAAAGUAUCUGAACUUGAGGAAACAUGCAGUACACAACAAGAACAGAUUCGGACAUUUCAAAAGCAGCUUGCAGUUGCGACUGAGAAGUUGAAGCUUGCUGAUGUAACUGCGAUAGAGGCGAUGACUGGUUAUGAAGAACAGAAGGAGAAAAUAAAAUACCUUGAGGAGCGUUUAGCACAGGCAGAGUCUCAAAUUGUUGAAGGCGACGAGUUACGGAAAAAACUGCACAACACUAUAUUGGAACUGAAAGGAAACAUUAGGGUUUUUUGUAGAGUUCGACCACUUCUUCGAUUUGAGGGUGAUUCCAAUGGUCCGGAAGGUGCCUCUAUCUCUUUUCCAACAUCUGUAGAGUCUACUGGACGUAGCAUUGAUUUGAUAAACCAAGGGCAAAAGCUCUCCUUCUCAUAUGACAAGGUUUUUGACCAUGGUGCGUCACAGGAAGAUGUGUUUGUGGAAAUAUCGCAACUAGUCCAAAGUGCCCUUGAUGGGUACAAGGUAUGCAUAUUUGCAUAUGGUCAAACUGGAUCUGGUAAAACUUAUACAAUGAUGGGUAAACCAGGAAAUGAUCAAAAAGGGAUAAUACCUCGUUCUUUGGAGCAAAUUUUCAAGACCAGUCGGUUUCUAGAAUCUCAAGGAUGGAAUUAUUCCAUGCAAGCAUCAAUGUUGGAAAUAUACAAUGAGACCAUUCGUGAUUUGUUAGCACCUGGUCGGUCUAACAGUUUUGAGUCUAGUAAACAAUGCACUAUAAAGCAUGACCCUCAUGGGAAUAUUGUGUCGGACCUUACAAUUAUUGAUGUCUUUGGUAUUGCUGAUGUGACUAGUCUACUAGAGAAAGCAUCCCAGAGUAGGUCUGUGGGUAAGACUCAGAUGAAUGAACAGUCGUCCAGAAGUCAUUUUGUAUUCACAUUAAAGAUAUCUGGAUCUAACGAGAACACAGGCCAAAAUGUCCAAGGAGUCCUUAACUUGAUUGAUUUAGCUGGGAGUGAGCGUCUUGCUAAAAGUGGCUCCACAGGUGAUCGCUUGAAGGAAACUCAGUCAAUCAAUAAAAGCUUGUCGGCUUUGAGCGAUGUAAUCUUCGCGAUCGCAAAAGGAGAUGACCACGUUCCGUUCAGAAAUUCAAAACUUACAUACCUAUUGCAGCCUUGCCUUGGAGGUGACUCGAAAGCUCUCAUGUUUGUCAACAUUUCACCGGAGGCAUCCUCCGUUGGUGAGACGAUAUGCUCGUUGAGGUUUGCUUCAAGGGUGAAUGCUUGUGAGAUUGGAAUACCAAGACGUCACACAUAAGCCCGUCCCUUCGUUCUAGGCUGAAUUAUGGGUGAAGGUAGCUGUAGGGAUCAUGGUAAUGUGAUAUAUAAUGUGUUGGUUUGUGCCGCAUUUGGCCACAAAGGUGAUGCCCAACAGAAUUCUUGUAACUUGUACAGUGUAGGUGAUGGUGUUUUGCUGAGAGCAGCAUAUGUACGAGUGCUGACAUCUUGUCAUGCUUUCCUUACUUUUUGGUGUAGCAGACUUGGGUCAUGUUAAUUGUGAUCGUGGGUUCGAAUGUGAAACUACCUUUUCUCUC